GUCGGCGCGUGAGGCUGUCAGCUAAUAUGUAGUACACUAGUAUAGACAUAUGCAUUGGACUUUCUUUUGUCUUUAAUAAAGCUUUGUUUCUCUUCGCUAAAUAACAUUUAAAUGUUACAUGGUCUAGCAAGUGUCGAGUCACCGUGGGACAAAUAUUCGUACGUUUUCACGGUUUAAGUAAGAAGAUCAUCCCCUUAUUAGAGAAAAGAUGUCUUUCAGGGUGACAGAGGGGGUCAUGAGAUGUGGCCAGCGUUUUUGCAGCCGCAGGUUUCUAUGGCAACAGCACAGCUUCCUGGUCACAGCCAAAGAAGACGCAUCUUUUCCAAGUCACCAGGUAGCAAAGAUCACGGGGACAAGGCAAUGCCUGACAAGCCUGGAUAAGAGUUUUAGUUCGAUGAGGUUUUACUCACAGAGUGGAAUUCACAGCGAACACUUGAAAGAGAGGGAGCAACAUCUUUCUUCUUCACUGUCAGAUUCUUCGCUGCUCGUUGACAUCCAAUCUGAUGAGACAGUCUCGAGGCAGACACAGUAUAGUUCGGCCUUCUUGGACCACCUUCAGCGUUGUGUCUCUCCAUCAGAUGUCUUGGACCUCACCUGUACAUUCGCACCCACAGCUCAACACGUCAGCUACUGCCUAAGCAGAAUGUGGUCCCUCACUAAGAAGAUGACAAAUGAGCAGCGACGCUGUGAGCUGCAGCUGAUGUUUAAGCAUCCUGCUUUUGAAAAGCUGCUUCAAACAGCCUUGAAGGAACUGAGAAAUAUGCGCCAUGUGAGCGUGGCUUUUGCUCUCCAGAGUAUGGUCAAUCUGGGUGUUCCUCAACGUAGCCGUGUGAUCCAGACGUUCCUCCGAGCCUGCCAGGAGAAUCUGAGCAAUUUUGAUGAAAAGACACUGUCCAUCUUGGCCUCUUGUCUGGGAUGUAUGGAGGAAUGUGCGAAUGUCAAUGCACUGAAGAUGGGAAUGAGGUUGGAAGUUGAGGCCCGUCUCCCCCAGAUCAAGAAUGUAGUUAUUCUCCAGAUCAUGAUGCGUCUGGUGGGGAAAGAUGCCCCAAUGAACCUCAAACGGAAACUCGAGAAAAAGGCUUUAUCAAUGACCGACCAGUUCAGCCUUGUCAACAGCCAGUACAUGAUCAUCACUAUUGCCACAAUGGGCUUCUACUCCAGACCAUUGCUGGAUGUCUGCAGUAAGAUGAUCAGAGAAAACCUCUAUGGAAUCCCUUUCAACAAAUUGUUUGGAAUCCUGCAGUCUUGUAGGACUCUAAGCCACAGAGACAAAGAUCUGUUCACUGACUUUUCAGACUACAUUGCCUCUUCCAUAGACAUUUGGACCAAAAAACAGGUGAUCUCCAUCUUGUCGAUAUUUGAGGACCUCAACUUCUGUCCCUCUGCAUUAAUGGGGGCAUUUCUGGAGAUGGUGAUCGCCAAUCCAGACGCUCUGACGCUUAAAGACCUCCUCUGUAUCCUCAAGGUGUAUUCCAAUCGUAACUAUGAUCUGCAGCACCAAAGACAACAGUUCCUGGAUAGUCUUACCAUGGCUCUAGUCUCGUAUCUGCCCACGAUGUCUGAGUUUGAGUUAUUAAAGGCUGUGUAUUAUCUCUGUCUGCUGGGCCACUUCCCCGCUGCACCACUGGAGCAACUCCUGCAGAGCAGUACGCUAGAGAAGUUUAAGACUACAGCGCUCUGGAAUCUCUCUGCCCAGCAGGAAAUGUUUCGGUUAGUGGACUUGUGCCUCCGUCUUGAUCGUCCUCCACUUCCUCAGCCCCUCACAGUCCCCCCAUCUGUCCUGGGAGACCCUGUCCUCAGAGUAUUUCCAGUGAACUUGAAGCUCUCGCAGUGCUUGCGGAGUGUGUUGGGAGACCAGGCAGAAACAAUGCUGCAGGAAAUGGUGGUGGAGAACUUCUACGUCAUAGACGCUGUGAUAACCAAACCUGUGCCAAACCACACCUCUGUGACUGAAGCAAGUGCAGGAGAAGAGCGGUCUCCAGCAGAGAGCAGUCAGAGAACCGCAGUAUUUAUCCCAUCACGCUCUGGUUUUUGCUACGGUACGUCCAAUCCCUGUGGUCGUCUAGCUGUCAAGAUUCGCCAUCUGAAGAUCUUGGGAUAUAACCCUGUCAUGAUAACGAAGCCAGAGCUGUCGUCUGCGUUGGAGGAAAACCUGACGGAUUUCCUCAGGGGACAGAUUUUUUCAGAACACCACAGAUCAGACACACAACCAGAGGUGGCAUCUGGGAUCUUGAGGACUGAUGUCAGUGCUAAACACAUGCCAAAAGCCACAUCUGGUGCAAUAAACUCAAUCUGUGCAAUCAUGAACACACAAACUGUUUUCUGCUGUUGAAGGUUUGUAAACAAUUAGGAAGUAAUAAUAUCUUAAAGUAUUGAUAUAAAUGUGCUCUGGAUAAAAUGACAUAGAUAAAGAGAACCUGAACUUUGCUUUUGGUGUUUGUCGGAGGCGUGACUGUGGGGGAUGAAAAGAAAUCUUUUAUCGCUUGUUUUUUAUCAUCUUUCCCAAAAAGGCUCAAAAAGCUAACAGAAACAAUCUCGCUGAUGCUCGUGGUAGCCGAUGAGUAAGAACUGCGCUGCUGAAUGAAACCAAUAAAAGCAGUGUGUGCACUUCCAAUAACUGCACAGAAAGUGCAAGGUGAGCAAGGUAAAGGUGGAGUCCCUUUGAAGCAGCUACAUCUGCAGAAAGCAGCAGAAGGAAAAAAAAACGGUAGAGGGAGGGAAACAGGAAACGCUGCACAUUGUUAUUGUUUGAAGUGUUUGCGUCUCCUUGUUGUGUAUCUGCUUCUCAUCAACCUCAGUGAUGUUAACUCUCCGAAAACACCAUCUGAUGUUUGUGAUUUCUUUGAAAUAAGAGUGCGCAGGCUGGAAAAAGGCGCGUGAUGUUAAUCACAGUUAUAUUUACAGUUUGUAGACGCCUCUAACGGCUUUUCUCAUUUUUGGAACUUAUGAUCGCUCAUGAUUCACAUAUUGCCACACAGGUUUGCUGACUGAGUGUAUCCUCUGAAUGUGGUUAAAUCCCCUCGUUCAGACACCACCGUGUUUCGACCACAGAGUGGGGUUCCAACUACAGAU